AUGUCUAGCAAUAAUUCGUCUACAAGGAAAGCUCAAGCCAGAGAAGAGCUUGAUCGGACAAUUCGCGCCAUCAGCUCAGAAUUUCAGCUUCAGCUCCAAAUUCCCGAUCCGACGCUGUCGCCGAGUAAGCGCCAGCUCCAGCGCCGAAAUGAGGAACAGGAGAGGUGCAAUGCGAUCUACUAUCGCGCGCAAUUCCUCAAGUUCAAAGAUCCAGCCCGAUUUUCUAUAUGUCUUACGCGCUUUCGCGAACAAGCAGAGGAUCAUCUCACCAAUUGGAUCCGAAAACCCCGUGGUGACUCUGACACGACCCCGAUCAAGAGUUCUUUUGGUGACCCACAUCGCCAUAGCGCACGAUUAACCUCAGAGGAGCGGGGCGAGCUUCAAGAGUAUUUAUUGCGACUGUUGAAUGACAACAAUAUCGCUAGUCAGCAUCGCUCAAGAACUGCGAAGCGAAGGUCUGAUGAGUUUGAGGGCUACAGUUCAAAGAGAAGUCGUAACUCUUUUGACUCCCCAUCCGUCGACAGCAUUGACGACAUCCCAGUCCGCUCUAGAGCCGUAGACUCGGAUGGUCGUGUGCCUGCGGGACGGGCCGCUCGUCGCUCAGGUACGGCUUCAUUCCCCAAUGGCGUCACAACUCCAGGCACAUCCUUUUCAAGCACGCAGCCUCAGUCUUUGUCCUUUGGUCCAGGUUCUUUCAAUUCUAGCAAAGCUUCACUGGCCCCCACGGUUUUCUCUGCAUCCACAAACGGCGCGCCUAGCACGCAAACAACAGUCUUGACGAAUUCUUCCUUCAAAGGUCCGCGAACUUCUUUUCAGUCCUCUCAACCCAGUUUUAGGGAUUGCCCAAAACCGAAAGACUCCCAAAUUCCGUUCUCUCAAAAGAUUAAAGAGUUCACAUUUAAUCCCGAAAAUACGCCCAAUCGCAGUGUUGACUCAGGGAAGUCAUCCCCAUUCAGGCGACAUGAGUCUGAAGUAUUCCCUGAGCCUGUUGGUAUGUCCAUCGACGAACCCAGACUCCCUCCUCUCGCGAUGACUCAGCCUGUACGAAACCAGUAUCUCGGUAUGAAGCAAAGAGACACAGUCCGGUCCAGUAGUCCUGGAACAGCCUACUCUAGCUUGCCCGAGAUGAACGAGUUGGACACAUUACUUCUUGGUGCGUCAGAUCUUGGUACGACAUCAGACUUGUGCCCCCUAACAAAGCGUCUGCGAAAUGUUUGGCCCAAGUUUCCCAUUCCCAGGUUGAAUCAGGCACCUUUGAUCAUCUUGUGGGAAUUGACCCGAGCUGCGCUUCACUGUCGCGUGGAUUUGUCUGAAUGGGAUCUCGAAUACAAACCCGAUCAAUCUUGGCACGAUCAAACUAAUUUCAGGGCUUUGAUCUUCAGGCAUCGACUUUUCAUCGGAGCAGGAUUACCAGCACCUUGCGACCGUGUCGUGUGGAACGCAGCCUUUGAAUCGUUUACUUCACACGACAAGCAUGUUGUUCUUGCUGCUGAGUUUGUCGCCAACACCGAGGACACCGGUCCCUUGUACAAGCUCAAGCUUCAGCCUCCUCGCCUCGAGCUUGGCCAUCGGCUGGCUCGCCGUUUUGGUGCCGACCGAUUCAUGGAGAUUAUUAUGCCAUCCCCAACUUCUAGGGACGCUCCCGACGCGAUCAAGAACGCCGAUCAAGGCGCGGAUAAGGUCAUUCGAUGGCUCAAUGACAACCUACACUACUUUCUUGGGCGUUCAUGGUCUCCAUUCUACAACCGUGGCGCAAGCAAGUCUAUAAAAGACCCUCGUCCUCCUCACAAGUCCCUCACGAUUAUGCAUGAGCGCGUCUACUUCUUUGCGACUGAUGGCAAUAACUUUCGACUGCCUGAAAGUCAGUUUCCACCGCUCGAAGAAGCAACGUCCCUCGGGCACCGAACAAAGAUGAGGCGCUCUGAUCUUUUGAAGUGGACAAUAAAUGUAGAGGCGAAUGCUCAACAACCUGUACCAAAACUGUUCUCGCGACUUGCUCUCAGUCUCAGCAAAACUUGUCCCACAAUUGUUCUUGAACCUCACCAAUUCCGACAUCGCGACACCAUGCUGGGUUUCCGCAAGUAUAUGAGCAGUCGGGAGAAAGAAGAGCAGAAGGAUAUGGGUGACGGUAUCGCCAGGAUGUCGCGAAGUCUUGCACGCAAAAUCGCAACCCAUCUUGGUCUAUUGGAGACUCCAUGCGCAUUUCAAGCUCGUAUUGGCAGCGCAAAGGGGAUGUGGAUAGUUGAUGUUGAAGAUGAUGGAUUGGAUGACGAUGUUUGGAUUGAGACGUAUCCAUCCCAGCGCAAAUGGGCGUGCGACUUUGAAGAUGUCCACCACAGAACUUUUGAAGUACGAGAAUGGUCCAGGGAGCUGAGGUCUGCCUCACUCAACACGCAGUUCAUUCCAGUUCUUGAAGCGCAAGCCCCAAUUCCCAGCAGCAUGCGCAACAUUAUAGCCAAUCAUUUAGCCAACGGUCUGCAGGAUGAGAUUGGAGGCCAGCUUGCGGCCAUGACACAUCCUACCAGCCUUCGUGGCUGGACGCAUCGCGGCUUCAAUCGAUCAAACCUUGGCCACGUCCCUUUCGUAGGAGGGUUGCCGGAUCAUGAUGAAGACAUAGUGUCAUUCUUGCUCGAUGCCGGUUUCGAUGCCACCAAGUGUCGUUUUCUGCGAGACCUUGUAUGGAGCAAUCAGAAGCGACAGGCAGAACAGCUCAAAUCCAAGAUGAACAUCAAGAUCCCUCGAUCUACAUACGCUUUCAUGGUGGUAGACUUUACUGGAACAUUGGAAGAAGGCGAGGUGCAGCUUGCCUUCUCCUCCAAGUUCCAAGCUGAUGGUGAGUCGGACACGUUGUUAGAUGAUAUCGACAUCCUGGUUGCCCGAGCCCCAGCUCAUUUCGUGAGUGACGUACAAAAGGUCAGGGCCGUGUUCAGACCGAACUUGAAGAGAUUGAAGGAUGUCAUUGUGUUUUCGUCAAAGGGUAAAUCGCCGCUCGCCGACAUGUUAUCGGGUGGUGACUACGAUGGUGACCAGGCUUGGAUUUGCUGGGAUCCUGAUAUUGUUCGCAACUUUAGCAAUGCGCCAAAGCCUGCCGAGCCAGAUCUCGUAGGACAAGGAUAUCUUCGAAAGUCCAACCCAAGCUUCCAGUCAAUUCUCGACACAACCCCCGACAUGGAGGCUGCCUGUACCGACUUUUUACGCUCGGCAAUCUCAUUCAAUAUGCAACCAACUUACCUGGGUAUCGCAACCAAGUUCAAGGAAAGGCUCUGUUACUUGGAGGGAGGGGUCAACAGUGAACGAGCGAUUGCUUUGAGCACGUUGGUCGCUCUGCUCGUUGAUCAAGCCAAGCAAGGCUUGCUGUUCACCCGCGAAGACUAUGAUCGAUUGAAACGAGACAUGGAAAUGCGAAGCAAAGAACCAGAAUAUGAGAAGGAAAGAAGUUCUGUACAGAAUUACAAGGACGAAAAUGGGUUCAUCCAUAUCCUCGACUUUCUCAAGUUUGUGGUCGCUCAAGACACGGUCGAUAAUGCCUUGAAGCAAUUCUACGAUGCCCUCCAAGUCGACAGUGUUCAGGCAUGGGACAAGGACUUGACUCGCCUUUACAACGAGUACAAUGAUCAGAGAAAAGGUUCCAGAACAAUUGACAGACUUAUGGUAGACAUGGUCGCACAGGUUGAUGCCAUCACCACGGAAUGGAAAGUUGCAAUGGCAGGAGGGAAAGUCGACAGCACGAAUAGCGAAUACUCGUCAAAAGUGAAGGAACUGCAUCAAAAAUGGUCUUCGUACAGGCCAUCGGCUCAUUUGAUGAGUAUGAGAGUCGUCGAGCCACUCCUCGACCCUUGGAAUGGUGAUCCGGCUUUGAGCAAAUGGGAACUGCUCAAAGCAUCCACCCUGUUCAAACUAAAGUACGAACGUGGGUACGGCAUGGUCUGGCGCCUUGCAGGAAAGCAGUUGGCAUGGAUGAAAGCAAUGUUGUCGCGCAGUGUGUCGGACAACAGCGCUAUCGCUGUGACGGCCGAGAUGUGGAGUAUACUUCGUCCAGACAGCAAGCGCAUCGCUGCACUUCAUGCUCAAAGACAGAUUGGACAAGACAACGAGAGUUUGGCUGCCUUGGAAGAGGUUACGGAAUAUGAUGACGAGACGGGGACACAGAUUGACGAUGCUUAG